AUGAAACUUGAAAAUCCCAAUCAUGAAAAAGACAAGGCCGAUAUCCUCGGAAUGAUUGCAGUUGAAGAAGCUAACGCCCAGGACCUCCGCAACCGUCUCGCCGAAUUGGAAGUCUCCGCCCCACACGAGCUCGCACCAGAAGCUCCCAAGUUCGAUGUCGCAAAGCACCCAAUCCUUAGCAAGACGGUCGAAAAGGCCGAGCCGGCAAAGCCAGUCUUCUUCAAUACUGGCGAUGUCUGCGAAGCCCUCUGGACCGACAACAAGUGGUACAAGGCGAAGGUGCUCUCCGUCCUUGGUAGUGCUUCAAAUCCGAAAUACCUUGUAACUUUCACAGGCUACGACGAGACUCUCACCGUGGACCGCGAUAGUGUGCGUCCGUUCCUAAACGAAGGCAAGAAACGGAAGCUUGACACAGAGCCCGUGGCCCCUUCUGCAACUCCGGCUCCGCAAGCUAGAUCCCACGUCAUUGUCGGCGCGGCUAGCGUCAACCCUGACGCAAAGCGUGCUGCCGAUGAUUUGAAUAAAGACAAAAAUGGGAAGGCUACCGGUCCGCCUCGGAAGUAUAACCUCCCGAACGGCAACAACUUAAAAAAGAACCAAAACAGCUGGCAGGAGUUCCGCGCCAAGGGCCCUGGCAAGAAGUUUGCGAAGAAGGAUAGCAUGUUUCGUGUUGGCGAUGGGGUUGGCGCCAAAGUGGGAUUCACCGGCUCCGGGGCGGGUAUGACCCAGGACGCAAAACGUAUUAGAGUUAAUGUCUCAGAGAGGGAUGAGAUCCCGGAUCAGGCUGACACGGACGGUGAUAAAAUGCGCGAGAUGAUGCAGCGCGGUCGAGAUGGGAACAGCCGUGAGCGUGGUUCGUACCGCAGUCGAGGUGAUGGUCCUACCGAAAGCAAGCAUGACGACAGCUACCGCACCAAACGGAAUGACAGCUAUCGCGAGGAGGGCAGGUCCGGCCGCGGCCAUCACAAUCACGGUCGCUAUUGA